GAUGCUUUGCUUUCAAGCUGAAGAAAUUCCCUUUCUUCCAUCUCUUUUCUCUUAUCAACAGCUCAGGGAGAUUUGGCUUUGUUUUCAUAGUGUGGACUUGCUGUGGGGUCCAGCUCCAGCAGACACCUUGGUACACUAACCUCACAGCACCUGGACCCAAACCCUGCCCAAACUGCGAGUCUUCCAGUUCAGCCAGUGCCACCAGCCAGGACGGCUGCUUUAAGGCCUGAAGACACUUCUUGAGCCAUCCCCUUAGUCACCAGUCUCCACAUUUCUGCCAGAAAAAGCUGUUGUAUCACAUCCAGAGCCAGCAGGAAAGUGACCAGCAGCUUCAUACCUCGUAUACAUCACCUGCAGGACAACCAUGGAACCGUACAGAGAUGACAUGUUUAAGGAUGUGGAUCAAGGCUGAAGGGAUUCCAAGUUUAUAUCCCACCCUUUGCAAAAGGUACCCACAGGAUCUUGGAUAAAGCAUUGGAUCUCCCUGUCACACUUUGCCUUGUGAAAUGCAAGGAAUGCUUCUGCCUUUAGUUCUUUCAUCUGAAGGGACAGUAUUAACCUCUGUUGACAAGGACUGGGACAUGACAAGCAUUAUACCUGGAUAAAAGGACAUUACUGGGACAUGGAUGUUCCCAUGUCUUGGUUCUGGUAGAGGGGGAGGGUCUGGAAUUAAACUGUAUGUAGUGUGCAUUAGGGUGUGCGUUAGUGUAUGACAGUGUUAUCUACUGCUACAUUUGGGCCUCUUGCCCCUUUGCAGUUAAAGGAUUUCCAGGCUCAGCACCACAGAAAGACUUGUCACAGCAGCCCUGCCAGGCAGGCAUGUGUUUCCUGUCCACAAGGCACAGAGGUGACAUGUCCAUGUCAAGGCCCGAAAUGUAAGUCCAGAUCAGAGACUGGAACUCUUAUGAUUUCCAUCCAUAUUAUUGUAUUGAAGCAGCCUCCAGCAAUGUGAAUCACAGUUCAGAACUAUCCUCUGCAAACGCAGAUCAAAAAGAUUUUUAUUGCCUAAAAACUUUCACUCCAUGUGCAGCUUGAGAGAGGUUGGUGCACACCAGGUAGUAUGGGAGAGAGGGAGAUUAUGUCCAGUGAGGAAAUCUUAUGGCCCAUGCACCUUUGUGAUACCACAGCUGGACAAGGAUUUUGCUGUGCCAUUCAGCCCUUCCCACAGUGGCCUGGAUUCAGCACUUUGGCUGGGUGCUGUAUAUUACACGUCUUUGAGUGAUUCUCAAACUCCUUGAAGUCUCCAGCUAAGCCAGCAGCAGCACAACUGUUUAUACUUUUAUCUUGCUGUUUUCUUUGGGGUCAAUCUUAAAAUGAAACUUGCCUUGAGAAGCAGAGAGUAAUUUGGGAGCCUUUCUGAUUCUGCACGUACUGGAAUGGGUACAAUCAUUCAUAUUUUGCCCAAAACUCAGUGAAAUAGUUGAAUAUUUUCUAGACAGCUGCCAUGUCUAAUCACACUUAUUUGUGUUUAAAUAUUGACGUAUGGUUCCCAUUUCUGGGAAGCCUUCAUGCCAUCUAAUGGACACAACAUUAUUUUAAAAUUGUGGACACAGGCAGAAACACUGCUUGACAUUAGACUGAUUCUGAAACAAGGUAACCCUAUUUAGAGUUAAUUAUGACCCCUCGAGGGGAGCUGGCAUAAGAAGCCCUGAGAAUAUUUACAAAAUUGGGAUGUUAGUCCAAGAAACGUUUAUUGGGCUUGAAAUGAGCCCACAACUUUUUCUUUUUUCUUUUCACUUUUUUUUUCAGUUUGAGAGGAACAAGUAUAAUUGAAUUGGCAAAGCGUUCUCUCUGACAUUGAUUUUUACAACAACUUUACCUUUUAGACAGAGUCUCACAUGUUAUUGAUUUGAAAAUUCAUUGUGAAUGUUUUAAGAUAUGGUUUCUGUCUGCUCUGGGGAAGAGAAAGAACAACAUGCAAAAUAGUACAGUGUAAAGUACAGGUCAGGAGCAGAACAGUUCAUGUGACAUUUUCCUGCUUUUAAACCCAACAUUUGGCUAUAUGUGUUUCCAGAGUUUGUUGUUCCUAUUGACUUAUUUUUCUCUGCAACUCUGACAGUUAUGACGGGGCACAAGCUACCCCUAGACUAAUUUAUGUCUGUGCCCAUGCCCACACAGAACUCCGUUCUUCAGAUGUCAGACAACUCUCUUAAGGGGGAAAAAAUAGCAAGUCAACUUUGGAAAAUAUUCUCUUACUUUUGGUUUUAAUUAGUGGUGCUCAAUUACACAAAGGCAUUAUCAUUGUAUCAACAGAAAGACCCCCACUGACUCUUCUGAGGCCUGGAGUAUCACCUUGCACCAGAGGAAACCAGUUUUAUAUGGUAGCGAUCUUUCCCUAGAGACUGAGAGUACUCAGCUGUUAGAGAUGGUUUUACACUUUGUCUCUCUUGAGUAUUCAUUGUCUGUGAUGCCUUAUUUCCCCUCUGUGUUAUUUUUCCAGGCAAUGUUAAAAUGGCACAUGACUUGAUAUAGAGCUGAUAUGUACAUUGGAGAGAUAUUGUUUAGGUAGGCAUUAGGAUAUGGCUUGCCUGAGUGCUAUUCAGUAAUUCCUGAAUCUGAAUCAUUAAUUUACUAAAAUAACACUUUCCUAUGCAGCAAAUCACUUGUGACUCUACCCUUGUGAUUGGGACCUCAGGAUGGACCAACUCAGAGACUCUGCAGCCUACUCAGGCCUUCUUAAGUAAAACAGCCUAGUCUCACAUUCUCAUUGCCUCCCUAUUCAUUAUAUUUGUGGUAUUUCACAGCUAUAUUAUCUUGUGGUGGCAAUCAGGGAACAAUGCAAUCAGAAAUGUGUCUUCAUGCAUUGGUAUGCACAGAGGUAUGACAAUAUGAGACUACUUCUCUAAUACAGAGCAAAAAUUGACCAGCACAUGUGGAUACUGGAACUGAAGGGGACACCUGGGCUUGGAGAAAUCCCUUCGAGCUGUAUGUGUACAAAGGCAAUGCCAUGCAAUCUCCAGGCCUCUCAGGGCCCACGUUGUAUGGUGUUUUAUACAUACAUCCCAAGUUUAUUCACAUUCUGGAAAGCUGCCUCAGGAAUGUCUACAAUCUGGCAUGCAGCAUAUUACAGCCACAUUGCUUAAAGUACCCUUCAGCCAGCAAAUUCCACCCCAUUCCUGUACAAAGACCCCUCUCUGUAGCUGCAGGCUCAGAUGGAGCACAGCCUCCCGCAGUGCAGAUGUUUGCUCACUCUAUAUCUUCAUCCCAGCAAGAGUGGCAUACAGGCAGGCUCUGCAGGUUGUUAAUCUGUUGGGGUGUGGACCCCACCUGCAUCAUCUGCAGCAGCAUCCUUUGCAAUGGAGGAAAGACCCAGCCGAUGGAGGACUCAUCACAAUCCUCCAUGGGGAUCCUUCCUUCCCUCUGCUCCUUAGGUUUACUUGGAAAAUAGGUGACCUGUAGCCAGUACUCAAAGCUGAGGUGAAGCCAGGCCACAUUUCCCAGGUGACUCGUUGUAAAGAGGAACUGGUGCACUGACCUGCCUCAGGUUGCGGUGUCCGUAGGAAGUACAGUGGAAAACAAUAGAUCAUGGUCUGAGAAGUAACAGAGGAAAACUGAGCAAUAAAGCCUCCCUAUUUCACACAUCUACCCAGAUGCCCAGAAUUAAAAAGGGGCUGCAGUGUGUUUUUAAGCUGAAUAGUUCUUCUCAUUAGGGACCAAAGUAUUAGUUGCCUCAGCAAAAAAUUACAUGUACUGCACCACAUUGCUUGCAGAAGUUGCUGAUGCCCAGAAGCAAAGAUAAUGCUACAUUCCCUCUAUUCUCUAGUCUCUCCUCUGAGAAUUCACAUCAGUAGCAACCCAUUAGAUCUCAACACAGUUUCCAAGAAAUGCGGCUAAAACAGCAUUUUUGGGGGGUAACAAAAAUAAAUGGGACUCAAAAGAAAAGCAAUUUACCUAGGAAAAUCUAAGAGCUCCAACCAUCAGCAUAUCUCAGCUUGCUUGGGAUUUUUUUAUUUUUAUUCUGCAUUUUCUAAAUGGCAUGGAUUCAGUUCCUGUAGAUGGGCCGUGACGGUGCACAUCUGGUUUUAUGGUUAAGGAAAUUGCUGAUUGAAUCGAUACACUCAGCACAGCUGACUGGAGUAAAUAAAAAAGGAUUUGAAGGAAGCCUUGUUUUCCCCUAGAUAGAUGAGUCUACCUUCAGCGCUGUUGCAGUUGCCCUGGAGUCAGUGGAGUGACACGAGGCAAGACGAGCGGUCAGUGUAUUUCGUCAUGAACUGAGCUUGCUUGUUCUUUACCCAUCAUAACUUCAGUUUUGUGAGAAUGUAGCUCUUAAAGAGCAGCAACCGUUUUCUGCCCGACUCACCACAGUCAGUAACAGAGAAAGCUGGCAGGCUGGGCCCUCUGCAGAAAAGUGGGACCGACCCACUGGGUAAAUAAUUUCCAUCACUGGACUCCACAAUCACUCCUGAUGAUUCUGCAUGGAGCAGUUGUCAAACAUGAGCUUCUUUGUUCUCAAAAGCCCACGGGAAAGGAUGGGGUAAAUGGUAGGAAAAAGUGGUGUAUCCAAAAGGGUAGCAGUGGGAGGUGUUGGGGGUUCAAACCUGGCAGUAAAUUGUGCCUCAGUGUAAAUGAACUGCAAAACGCCCGUGGAGCCCUGGGGUUUUGUAGGUCACAGGCUCAUGUUUCUCUGCUCCAACCUUUUGGGCACAAUACAACUGUAAAAAUUCCCUGUGGGGACAUGUGAAAAAAAGUUCCCAUCAACUUUUGCAGUGAUGGGGAAGCCAGAGAGUGGCACCUAAAGAGUUUGUGCGAAUGCACGAUGGACUUGACCUGUCAGGGUGAUCCCCUGGGUGGGCAAAAGGCUACAAGCACCAGUUUACUGCUCCCUGUCUUUCUCUGGUAUGUAUGAGAUUCCCACAGAGCAACUGGCUGGCUGUAACCAUUCCAGCAAUGUGCAUUUAAGCUGAUAAUUGAAGGUAAGACACAGACCUUUAAAAAAAAUACCUGUUUUAUUUGUUGUCUUUGUUCUCCUUGUGCAGACCAUACAGAGAGUCUUUCAGGCCCCUGUUUUCUUUCAAAGCCUGUAUCGAUCACAGCUGUGAAGUUAUCGUCCUAGGAGUGGUUUUUCCUAGGCAGUGGGAAAGUUAUUUUCUUAGGCACCUCAUUGUCACUUCAUAUUCUUGGGAACUACUUAAGAGCAAGAUCUGUUAGCUUUAUGACAAAUCCCUUUAUUUACAUGGAGGGAUGGCAGUUCUUGGUUUAUUCCACUAAAACAUUUCAGGAACAGCCUGCAAACAAAAAUACUGGUGCAAAGUUUGCUCUGAGCCAUCCUCAGCACUGUUUCUCUCCCAGCUCUUACCGCUGCAGCCUGGAUCACUUCCUACAAACGCAAUCUGCACCUCAAGUUUUAAUUUCUCUCCUUGCUGCAGCCAGGUCACUGCCUUACAAUAAAACCCAAGCAAAGCCAAGGUAGGUGGAUUUUUUACUAAUGCCUAGUGGCUGUUGGUGCUCUGUGGCCCUAAACCAGCACAGCUGAGCCUCAUUUAGCUAAUUUGACCUCUCCAGAGAGGCCUGUUGAACAGUCUUUCAUGGGUAAUUCUAGUGGAAAGCUGUAGGUGUUCUCCACACCCAGGGAGGGUAGGGGCUUCCUUGUGUAUAAUUACACUCAACUUACAAAGAGCAUGUGAAGAAAUAGAGAUACAACUUGGUUUGGACAUGCAGUGAUGUCUCUAGUUCCUGCCACAAAGAGCUUUUGGUUUACCCUUUGCUUAAAGUCUGUGUCACCUCAAGCCCUGUGGCAGCAGCCCAGCAAAGAAAGUAUUACCUGCCCACUGGAGGUAGCUGUGCUCCACUCCAAGGGCUCAGGUCCCACAGGUGUGAAGCAAAGGUGUCAGUGGGAGCUGGGUUCCGGCAUGGAAGGUACUUGACUGUGUGGUUUUUGUUUAAAAACUUGGGUUUGAAGGUGAGCUGCUUCUUAGGUGUUGCUUUUAAGGUCUACAUUUAAUAGCUGAAGUGCUUCUGAGUGUUUAGGGGGUGAUAGAGACUGUCCAGCAGAAGAGGAGCUGGUGCCCUGCAGCUGGCUCUGGUAGGAGUCCUGCUAGAACCUGUGUUUCUUGGUACUAAUCAGACUGGACUUCCUUGUCUCAGCUCCACCAGCCCUAAAGACUGAACUUAACUAGUCUCCAUCUCUGCACUGUGAGAGGGCAAAUCAUGUUAUCAAAUGGCAUUAAAAACUCCAGCAACAAUGGACCUAAAAAUUUAAAAAAAUAAAGAUGAGCCUGAGCAAUGUGUUGCUGGUCCUUCUGAAGGAUUGUGUGCAGUUUGUAUGAUAUCUGAGAAAACAUAAGACUGAGCUGAUGUCAUUUAGUAAUACCUUUUCCUCUCCUAGAAGAUACUUGGCUCUGGGAAGAGACAUAGAGGAAAUGUCUGACAGACUUGCACAACAGAGCAGCGCUUACUUGGAGAAAUUGCUGUCUAACUGAUCCUUUGUGGACUUCCGACCAAAACCAUCCAGUGCAGCAUAUGGUCCCUGUCAUCUUGUACCAUGGACUCCUGCCAAGGGAUUGCUCACCCAAGGUAUUGCUAGGCUGGCCGAGGGGCUGCCACAGCAUCGCCUGACUGGGAGCACUGGCUUACGCUGCAGGCUGGUACCAGUGGAGCAGGAGGGACAGGUAGAUCAUGCCAGGGUAACUGCAUGUCAGGAUGGCAACUUCAAACCUGGAGAACCAGCUACAGAGUGCCCAGAAGAAUCUGUUGUUUCUCCAGCGAGAACACGCCAACACGCUGAAGGGGCUGCACGCUGAGAUUCGGCGCCUGCAGCAGCACUGCACAGAUUUAACCUAUGAGCUGACUGUAAAGAGUUCAGACUUGUCAGAAAAUGGUAGUUCGAGAAGUGAUGAACUCAAAAGAAAGUGCGAAGAUCUUGAAGCUCAGCUAAAAGUCAAAGAGGCUGAAAAUAAUGAAUUACUGAAAGAACUCGAACAAAAGAAUGCAAUGAUAAUGGUGCUGGAAAACACUAUUAAAGAAAGAGAAAAGAAGUAUUUGGAAGAGUUAAAAAUGAAAAGCCAUAAGCUCAACAUGUUGUCAAGUGAACUAGAGCAGAGAGCGAGCACUAUUGCUUACUUAACUUCUCAGCUGCAUGCUACUAAGAAGAAGCUGAUGAGUUCAGGUGGGACUUCGGAGGGGACCCCUUCCGGCAGUCCCGUGCUGUCCAACUAUAAGCCGUCCCCUCCCAAAGAUAAACUGCCGGAGACGCCGCGGCGCAGAAUGAAGAAGAGUCUGUCGACGCCGCUCAACCCCGAGUUUGAAGAGGCCUACAGAAUAGGAUCGGAUAGCCGGAAGCUGCUGUUAAGAGAGCCUGUGGAUGCCAUGCCCGAUCCCACCCCGUUUCUCUUGGCCAGGGAGACAGCAGAGGUACAUCUUAUUAAGGAGAGGCCGUUGGUUAUUCCUCCUAUUGCUUCAGAUCGUGCACCCGGUGAAUCGCACAGCCCAGCCCGCGAGAAGCCACACAAGGCACACAUUGGGGUGGCGCAUCGCAUCCACCAUGUCGCGCCAGCCCAGCCUCAGCCAGAGGUCGAAACACUGGCAGUGGAUCAGGUCCAUGGAAGUAAAGUGGUCAGAAAGCACUCAGGGACAGACAGAACUGUUUGAGUUAAAUCACUGAAAUGCUCUACUCUGUUGCUCUUUAUGCACUGUGAUCCUGUAGGAUAAAUAGCACCUGCAGUAAAGUUUCUUUUGAUGCCCCAUGCAUGCCAAACUUCUUCCAGAUACAUCAUUAAUAGAUUAUGCUCCUCUAAUGAAACCUAAUACGACUGUGUUCAUAUGGCAAGGUAUAUAACUACUAACUGCUGUGGCCAAAUCAGGGGUACCUGACUGCUUGCUUCUGAGCACUGCUCCAUUUAUUGUAACUACACGUGUGGACAAAGGCACGGGCUGCAGGCUGCGUUAUUAACCGACCUUAGUGAAAACAAACUUAACUAGAAACCUGCAGCGCUAUGUAUUGGCUGUUAACAGUUGAACUGUCAGUGGUUCUUUUGUCUUCACUGUGUAUGUAAGCACUUCAUACAUGGACACUAACCUCCGUGGCAAAGCCUUUUCCACAGUAGCAUUGAAAAUAAUGCAGAUGUACAUACACUUUAAAAUGAGCUAAGGACAUCUUUUCUGUCACAUGCAUAUGCUCUCAGUUGCAAAUUGUGUUCAGUUUCUCAAAAGCCUGAGAGUCCCAGCAAGUGUUAUCUGAGUAAUCCUAAAUAAAUACUUUGGUUUGUGGCUUUAAGUAAAAAGGGGGAGAGGAGGAUAAAGCACUCUUUAAAAGGGUUAACGAUCCUCUUCCUGAGUAUGAACACUGGGUUGGUUCCUUCAUUUGUUUUUGUUUUUUUUUUUAAAUUGAAUGGCUCCAUCACACAUCAUACACUAGUCAGUACUGCACUUGUGGCACCUUUCACACUGGCUCAGAGCUCCUUUUCCAGGGAGCAAAACGAAACUGGCUGUCCACUAUGGAAAUGGUUCUUUAUGCUCUAACCUGCACUUUUUUGUGUGUGUGUAAAGGGAUUAUUUUUGUUUCCUGAAAAACCUUAGUCUUGUUCUGGGUGUUAUCAGACAGUGCUGGCUUCUGCUGACUUAGAAACCUGAGCUGUCCCUCUAAAACGUGUGUAUUUAAGUUCUAAAUCUAACUGACGUAACCAGUUCAUACAGGAGGAGAGCCUGGCAUCCUUGACUUUUUCUCCGUGUGGACUGGGACAGACUUGCCUUGCACUUGCCCUGGGUCCCCUACUCCUUUCUAGUAAGCAACAGGUAGACCCUACAUCUGUUAGGCUACUUGAUUAUUUUUUUUAUUAUUACUGGUUUUUUUUUCUAGGAAAGAAAGGCAUACUGAGAGCUGUGAGAGUAUGUAAUUUUGGGAAAGGAGCACAAAUUUGACCAUUUUUCUUAAACUCUGAUCAGCACCUCCAGCUCACCUCUGCUUCACUCUUGUCUGCAGCCUCUGAGUAGGACCAGCAAGAAACAAUGGCUCCCAAAUGCUGCUAAGCUUAUGAUGUGCCUUCAAAAACUUGGAACGCGUAAUCUCUGUGAAAGCUGAUGAAGGAUCCCUGCCUGCCCUCCCUCCUUCCCCUUGCCAGCUGUAGUCUGCCCCUCUUAAGCUUUUUCUGCAGCUGUGUGUUGGUGUGUGUCUCCCUCUGGAGCCUUGGAUCGCUGUCAGCUUCCCCCACAAAGGCACUGGCAGGAUGACAAAAGCUGUUCUUCCUAACUGUGGUACUGCUAGAUUUCCUGUGCAGCAUGACAACUUACAGCAGGGUUGUUCCCAGUCAGGGAGGGUUUGAAUAUCCACUGGCCCUAAGGCCUCCUGCGCCCAACCCCCGCGCACCCUCACCACCACCCAGUCGCUGUGCUGAUGCCCAAGACAGACAACCUCCGUGCCAGUUGCGUGGCAGGAUUUGUUUCAUGGCUGGUGGGGCAGGAUGGGGAAAAGCUGUGGUCCUGGAAAUUGGUUGGUUAAAGAAAGCUUGUUAUUCCGUGGAUUACUGUUUUUAAGUGUAUUGCAUUAACCAGCAGUGGGUGUGGUUUUUUCUGGUGGUUGUUGCCAUAUUUUUAUGGCACUCUGUUGUAUGACUGAUCUACCCUGCCACUUGUUCAAGGAUGAUGGAACACACCGCUUCUAAGCACAGCGGAAGCGAUGCUUUGGGCAAUUAAAAACAUUUCUUACAACUAAA